UAAGGUUAAGAACAAAAGAGAAAAAGCAAGACCUUUGGCUUUGGAUCUUCCAUGAAAUGAAAUGCUGAAGCUGUUAAGGGUCUAUCAGUGUAUCUUAGGUUUCUUCCUCGUCAUCUCUGUCGUUGUGUCUGUCUUUUCAGGGUAGUUCAUGACAUACUGUUCGGACUUCGGUUGCUCCUAUAACGUGAUGGCGUUUUUUACUUCGAACUGAGGUCAAUUUACUGAAAGGCGUUUUUUACUUCAUGUAGUUAUGAAUUAUGAGUGUUCUUAUAGCAAAUUUUGCUCUUUAUCUAGAAAGAAUGGCAACUGAGCUAGUCAAUGCUGCAACAAGUGAGAAACUGGCUGAAACUGAUUGGACAAAAAAUAUUGAAAUCUGUGAGUUAGUUGCUCGUGAUAAAAGACAAGCUAGAGAUGUUGUUAAAGCUAUCAAAAAGAAACUGGGUAGCAAACACCACAGUACUCAACUUUAUGCUGUCAUGCUGCUGGAAAUGUUGAUGAACAAUAUUGGAGAGCAUAUUCAUGAGCAGGUGAUUGAUAAUGGAAUUAUUCCAAUUCUUGUGAAAAUUGUGAAGAAAAAGUCUGAUUUGCCUGUGAGGGAGCGGAUAUUUCUCCUACUAGAUGCCACACAAACAUCCCUUGGUGGUGCUUCUGGAAAGUUUCCCAUGUAUUAUAAUGCAUAUUAUGAUUUGGUGAGUGCUGGAGUGCAGUUUCCUCAAAGGGCUCAAGUGGUCCAAUCAAAUCAUCCUAGUUCACAACCUAGUAGGACUAGUAAUAUACCAAACAGGGAGCUGGCCUCACCUAGACAUGAAGGGGUUGCUCAGCAAGCAGAGUCCCAGACUGUCCCUGAAUCUAGCAUUAUUCAAAAGGCUAGUAAUGCAUUAGAAGUUCUAAAAGAAGUCCUUGAUGCGGUAGAUGCUCAACAUCCUCAGGGAGCAAAGGAUGAAUUCACCCUUGACCUUGUAGAACAAUGUUCAUUUCAGAAGCAAAGGGUAAUGCAUCUUGUGAUGACUUCCCGAGAUGAGAGGACAGUUUCUCGAGCAAUUGAAUUAAAUGAGCAGCUUCAGAAAGUUCUUGCUAGACAUGAUGACCUUCUUUCUGGUAGAGCUACAACAACUGCUACUCGUUUUGACCGCGAAGAAGUAGAGGAGGAAGAGGAGCCUGAACAGUUAGUUCGAAGAUUACGCAAAGGAAAGGCUUGUGCAAGGCCUGAAGAUGAAGAGACCGAAACCGAGUUAUUUCGGUUGAGUUUGGUUGGAGAGAGACUCAAUCGUCCACUAAUAAGACCACUCUCUUUAGAUGGUAAUCGUUCUCCACCUGCAGUAAACCAACCUUCACCUCCAAAACAGAAUGGGGAGGUUCCUCAUGUGGCAAUUCCACCACCACCUGCAAAACACAUUGAGAGGGAGAGGUUUUUUCAGGAAAACAAGGAUGGUUCUAAUUUGUCUGGCCACACGAGAGGCCUCUCCUUACAUAGUCGUAAUGGCAGUAGCUCUCUCAGUGGAAGCUUUGAUUUUAGUGACUGAUAUCCCUUAACAAUAGGACCUCUUUUAGCCUUUUUCUUCUCAUUCUUGUCUUAAUUUGGAUUUUAGUACUUGUGAGAAUUUGGUGAUUUCUGAUUUACUCUUGGUGAGUUUGGAGAGAGAGAGAGAGAGAGAGAGAGAGAAGGGGAGAUGGAAUGCAUCUGCUUCAGUUCAUAUAUUACUUGUAAUUAAGUGUUUUCUGAGAUCAUAUGCUAUGUGUGUUAAAUGAUAUUGC